GUUUCAAGAUGGCUACCGAUAAACAGAGGAGUGUUUGCAUGCGGUAUCAUUAGUGAUAUUGUGUAUAGUAAUUAAUAGUCAUUUUAUAGGUUUUACACAGUUAAGAAGAUUAGUUGAAGAAAAAUGACGUCGAUGCUGUGUGUGAAAGAGCCCGGUGGCUCCAUCGAAGUUCACCAUAAUGAUGUAGUUGAAGAAUUGAUGAUUGAUGCAAAUGACCACAUCAAAACAAUGCUCACAAGCAAGGCUCAUCUUCAAAAGAAAUUAGAUAGCAGAAGACCCAAAUCAACACCCAAUCCAACAUACAGAGGAAAGGGAGUGGAUUCAGAUAGUUUAAUUGGUCACACGCUCAAACUGCAAGACUGGCUGAGUGAAAAGUCUGUAAAAGAAAUUCAGGAAAGAGCAGAUAUAGAAGCUAGAGACACAAAGAAAAUGUAUAAUUCAGUAUUAGAUGUAGAAGACAACUUUGUAAAAGACAUAGAUGCAUUUUUGGCAGCUAAAGAAGUUCAUGAUCUCCGCAAAAAGGAAAUUUUACACAAAAAAUGGAAUGACCAGGUCCAUGAGCCAAUAAGAAAGGAAGUUAUAAAGGAGAUGGGUGGACCUGCUUAUAAGCAACUUGAUCGCAGAAAGAGACAGAUUUACAAAGAAUAUUUAGAAUUUACAAACCAGAAGGGUCAUGUCUUCCUUGAUACAGUGGAUCCUGCUGAGUAUUGUCCACUUGGUUUACAUGUUAACAGACCCCUGGGCACAAGAGGUAUUCAUGCAGAGACAAAACCACUGAGAGAUCCCCUUCUCUCUCAAGCCAAAGAACGGGCAGAAGAGGACAGAACGAUACUCAGAUGUACCACAGGCAUCACAUACACAGAUAAAGAUAUAGAAAAGAUAAAACUCCCACCCUUGCCCCUGGUUCCAUUAGGGCGCCAUGGAACUGAAUGUAAGACAUGGCUUGCCAUGCCAAUGCACGACAUUGAAAGUCCAGUUAGAAAGGCCAGCAGAGGUCGGAUGAGAGGUGAUUACAACCACAGUCAGUUCAACUUUGCUCAGUGGGCCAAAAUGCCCUUCCACCCAGCUAUUGUUGAUGAAGAGCUACAGAGUCAGCGGAAACGUCUUUACACUGUUCACCCACCAUAUACUCUGGAACAAACAGAUAUACUUGUGGAGUCCCCGGCAAGGCUCACUUUGCCUCCAAACAAACUUGCCUGUUCUGUGUAGUCCAUUUUUAACACUGAAGCACAAAACCCACAGCAAAAAAAAAUCUCUAAGUCUCUGCUGGAAUGUGUUAUUACUUUGAACUUAUUUUCAUGUGUUCAGCUACAGCAAAAAUGUGACAAUUUCAUUCUCUGCAAUUUUUCAUUAGUCUUUAUAUGUCAUUUAUCAUUCUCUGAAUACUGUGAUACAGAAGUCAUGUUAAAAAGAGCUUUUUAUGGAUAUUUUUACAUGGUGAUCUAAGUCUAUGUGCAACCAUGCUUGGUAUCUAUAUAUUUUGUAUUUAUUGGUCAUUCUUUUUGAGAACCGCAGCAGAGCUGUUGUUAUUCCUUGUCCAGCUGAAAGGCCAAUGAUUAAUAUAGGUAGACCAAGUGUUCUAGGGUUUGGGACGUCCAAACCAGCAAAUGAUCACAGUAAUAACUGAUGCUUCUAUGUGGUUUUAAGGUCGUUAAAUUUUUUAUACUUAUGUCAGAGUUUCAUCAUUACAAAGCCUUCCAUCUAGUGCCAUCUUGCUAAUGCAAGAAAAAAAUAAAGAUUGACAUCAGCAGAAAUGUUGUACAUGAAACUUUUCUUAUUCCAAAUUACUUCGAUUCCAUUGUUUAACACUUACAUGCUGUUCUGUUGUUAAUGAUUUGUUAGAAAACUUUACAAGGAAAAUGUGGAUUAAAUUUUAAUUGGCACUAGAUUUUGUCUGGCUUACCACCAUGUGUAUGCUCAUAAAGGGUGCCUUUCAAACGAUUAUUGCUCAUAUCGUUUCAGGUGAAACAUAUAUGUAAUGUACCCAGUUUGAAUUUUGAUAAAACUUUUUGUAUAUAUGUAAAAUCUGCUAUCACUGUUGUUAGUAUUUA